AUGGCUGAGCAUGAAGAGAUACGGGCCUCUUCGCCGCCCCCACCGCCUCCUUCCUCUCCGUCUUCGUCAGACACCUCUUCAUCAUCCUCCCCCGGCGUUCCAGUGAGUCUGGAUUGGCAAGUUUCGAGGAGGAUCAGCGGCCGUAUUGUGGACCCGCUGGAGGAAGUGGAGCUGCAGAUUGGAAACGCAGCAUUUUCAUUAACCCAGCUUCUUGAAGCCACAUCUGCAGUGUCAGCUCAAGUGGAUGAGCUUGCCUUCAAAUGUACAGAAAAUGCACGUUUCCUUAAAACAUGGCGGAACCUCUUAAAAGAAGGCUAUGAUUCUUUGAAACCGGACAACUGA